AGUGCAGCAGUAUGGUGUUUCAAGAAUUCUACGAAUUGAAGUACAGGACAGUGGACACUUCCUACGACAGAGCUAAGAGUUGAGGGAUUGUUGAACCAACACCAUCCACUCAAAACAUACACCCUCAAAUUCCGGAAAUGCUACCUCAACUGAACGUUUUUUUCCCACAGGCUGCAGCUAACACAGCGUUCUAAAAACAGAGCAUGUAUUGUAACAUACACUCGAAGGGUGGUUUCCUCCUCCAGCACCUGUCCCUGGUCUGAAUCUGACAUCACGUGACCUAGCUGAGUGACCACGUGACCCGGUCUGUUGAGAUCUCACUUCCUUCUCCUGAACAGAGAGGGGCCUGCUAACACAAAUCAAUCGGUUGAACAUGCCACAGCAAGAUCCAAACCUCCUUGUUCAACAACCAGAGCCAUUUCUAGCCAGCUUAUAUGACGACGGAACUGCCCAAUCAUUUAUGAAACCUCGUCAAACCAUGACAGUGCCAGGUCAGGUGAAGACCAAUUACAUGGCAGGCCCAGUUUAUCAAAAUAUGCCACUCUACAUCCCUCCCCCAGACUAUGGAAUACCAGCCCCCGUCUCUCCCACCCCCUCACCCUCCCCCUACAGCGAGCAAGACAACGAUCCUCUGAGUGGUCUCAAGAAGUUUCAGGGUCAGGGUUAUGUAGAUCAGUACGGAAUGUACGAACCUAACAAACCCGAGGAGCUUUCCAAGAUACUCCAGAAAGACAUUGCCUUGAGUCAGGCACUUCAGAUGGACGAUGGUUUCAAUCUAAACAUGGCCCAGAUUGAUGACCAAAACUUGUCGUCACUUGACUACAUGACCCCGACUACAGACACCGCCCCGGGAUUGUACCGCUCUCCAAGUGACUAUUAUACCCUCAAUGAUGUGGCUAACUUGUGCGGGAUCCCUUCCGAUAACUCAGCAAUGUACCAGCAACAGCUCAAUAACAACAUGUAUCAGAAUUACGACGGAUACUCUAUGCAGUACCCCACAACCAACAUGAUGGAUAUGUCCAGCGACAAGAAACUAUCUCCCAUCGAGCAAGCUUAUCAAGCUAGCUGGGGCCAAACUGUUGAUCCUAGCCUAUUUGAUAAAAUCAGUCCGUACAGUCUUGCUGGUAAAGAAGAUUACAACUUAACUGGAUUUUCGUUGGCAGAUCAGCAGAUGUUACAAGAUACCCAGAAUGCUCAACAGCUUCAGAUGAGAGGGGGGUUCCCUGCAAUGGACAUUCAGCCUGAAACUACCAUCCCAAACCUGCGGGGACGCCAAAAUAGCAGUUUCAGAGAGUGGAAGCCGAGCAACAAAGAUACUGGACUCCCUGCAGCCAUGGCAGCUCAGAUAGAAGGACAGUUCAGUGAUCCUAACAUGACAACACAGAUAGAGCUGCUUAACGAAGGACAGAUAGUCCCGCCCCCAGGUUGUAUAAUGCCUUCAGAUCAGAUGGUUCCUGAGUACCACAAUCUAACUCCCCUCACUGCAGGACCAGGCCUGACUCCCACACUCCACCAACCCGGCCCUCCCGACCCCGGGGCUCUGGAUAAAGUCAGGACAGUCUUCAUGUCCUUUGUAGAUCAGUCUGAUGAGAAUAUAAACAACAUGGACGAUGCGACCAAACACCAGAUGUUUGUGGACGUUUGUAACAUGUACAAGUCACUCAGUGUGAUCAACAUAGCAGAGAACUUGUACCAGGGGAAGAAGGAUGAGGAGGAACAGUGUGCGGGGGAAGCGGGUCCAGUUGAAGAGACCCCGCAAGAGGAAACUAGAUCAGUCAACAAACGAUACAAAUUCAGGAGACCGAGAAACGAAAACAAGCCAGACAACCAGAAGAUCUCUCCAACAAGUGAUCCAAUAGCUAGGAUCAACAGAAGAAGCUGCACUCGUACUGAGGCAGUCCCAGAGGACUUAGACGACUCGAAUGGAAAAGGGAACAAUAUCUGCAACUUUUGCGGGAAAACUUUUCCCAGUAACAGUUCACUAAAGGUACAUAUGAAUCUGCACACUGGAGAGAAGCCACACAUCUGCCAAUACUGUAGCAGAGGGUUUGGAGACCCCUCUAAUUUGAAGAGACAUCUCCGGAUACACACCAGAAGUCGCCCCUAUACGUGUCACAUGUGUCCUACAUCUUUCAACCAGUCGUCCCACCUGGUCCGGCACAUCAGGUCCCAUUCUCAGCGGGGCUGCCAGAAAAGCUGCCGGUUCUGCCUGGCCACCUUCCCACAUUACUCCAACUUGAGGAGACACACUGAAAAGUGUCCGGAGAGAAAGAAACGUGGAGAUGUACCACUUUUACCGGAGGACGAGGAUGAUCUAAAAGAUGACCAGUUCUACGAGGAUCAGAUGGAAGAGCAAAACUACAUUCAGAACACAUCGCAAGGGAACCAGGGGAUCAACCCAAGUCAUAAUAUCACCAGCAAACACGACAUGAACUUUGUUUUGGGCGGCCAAAUUGAGGGAGAACCUUUCAUUGACCUUUCUCCACUUGAUGUAACGGGACAGUGCGAUGAAACUUAUAUGAGAUUAACUUCUAUGAAGCAGGAGAGAAGUAAAGUUUUGUCCGGACAACAUUCAGUGGUAUUUGGAAUGGGAGAUGGUUCUGAUAUUUCUGUGUGAAUUGUGGAAACUUUGAAAAUGAGCUUGUACUUCGUUUUUAUUCAGAUGUAGUUUUUUAGUGAUUUACGCGUUAAAGUUAGUCGCCCUGGGUUUUAUGUGAGAUAAACUUUGUAUGAAAUUUUAUCUAUUUUAAGGAAUGUAAAAUUUGUACAAUU